AUGUACAGCUUUAUGGGUGGAGGGUUGUUCUGUGCAGGUGUAGGGAACAUCCUGUUGAUUGUUUCCACAGCAACCGAUUAUUGGAUGCAGUAUCGGCAGUCCAGCAACUACAUGCACCAGGGCCUGUGGCGCCACUGUACGCCGGGGAAAUGCUUCCCACACAGCGACGGCAUCGCCCACUUAGAUGCCACCCGUGCCUUCAUGAUCCUCUCUCUGCUGGCCUGUUUCAUUGGAAUCAUUAUUGGCAUCAUGGCCUUCAUCCAUUACUCCUCCUUCGACAGGUUUGACAAAACCUUUGCUGCAGGCAUUUUGUUUUUCAUCUCAUGCUUUUUAGUGUUUCUUGCUAUGGCUGUGUACACUGGUGUGACUCUAAACUACUAUGGGAAACGCUAUGGAAACUGGAGGUUCUCCUGGUCAUAUAUCAUUGGCUGGGUGUCGGUGGUUCUUACCUUCUUUUCAGGUAUUUUCUACAUGUGCGCCUAUCGGAUGCAUGAGUGCCCCAGAAGCGGCAGCUCGCAUUAG